AUGGCGGCCGCGUUGAUUUCGGGUUUUCUAUCAUGGGCUAAAUCCCUUAAACUUGGUUAUCCCCCAAAUGAUUAUACUUUUAACACCUUAAUCAAUGGUUAUAUCCUUAAUGAUAUGCUCCCUCAAGCUGCUCAAUUGUUGAAUAAGAUUAUCAAGUUAGAUUUCCAGCCUGAUAUUGUUACAUAUGGUGCUAUUUUCAAAGGCCUUUGUAGAAUCGGCGACAAUGCCAGUGCUCUCACUUUGCUUACCAAAAUGCAUUCUGCUGCUCAUUGUAAGCCUAACCUUGUCAUAUACAACACUAUUAUUGAUAGUCUCUGUAAGGACAGCUUAUUACAACAAGCUAUGGACCUCUUCUCCGCUAUCAAAACCGAUGGCAUUCAACCCGAUGUUGUCACCUAUAAUACUUUGAUUCGAGGCUUCUACAAUUCUGGAUGCAGGGAAGAGGCUAAGGGUGUAUUGACUGAGAUGUUAAAGAGCAACAUAACACCUGAUGUUACAACCUUCAGCAUACUGGUUGACAUGUUUUGUAAAGAUGGGAAUGUUAAGGAAGCACAAGCCACAUUGCAGCUCAUGACUCGUAAAGGUGUUACUCCAAACAUCUUUACUUACAAUGCUUUACUUGAUGGUUAUUGUUUGCGUGGUCAGAUGGAAGAUGCAGAAAAGCUACUUGAUAUCAUGACCCAGAAUGGUUGUGAGCCUAAUGUUGUAAGUUUUAGUACUAUGGUCAAUGGAUAUGUCAAACAUAAAAACAUUGUCAAUGGAUAG